AGUUUAUUUUAAACUGCUGUCAAUCCUUGGAGUCGUGAGAUCUUAACAUGUAGCAGCAUAGCUAUUGGUAACAGUAGAAGUUCAUCAAGUUUCCAAUACGAGGCGUUUCUUUCUUUGCAAUCAUUAAAGAGAAACGUCGAGUUUUCCAAGGCAUUCGUGUACGCUACAGUUUUCAGCUUGGAUAUGAAAGACAUGAACAUUUUUUCUAUUGACAUGUAAUGAGGUCAAUUUUCAACCGCAAUGAGCCAUUCAUGUUUUAAUCGUAGACCUUUAAAGCUGCAGCGGAAAAUAUAUGAGCCAUUGCAUGCAAUUUUCUCUUUUUUGAUAUAUUGUCUCUACCUUUCUGGAUAAAAAGCAACAACUUUCUCGGAAGCUAUUAAAACUCAGAGUAUUGUCCGUGCACUAAUUUUUUCUAACCUAUGCACUUUUGGGAUCGGAAAUAGUGCGUUAAAGUGCUGCGGAGGUAGGGGAAAUUAUCUAUCCGGUCCGGGUUGGCAGAGGUUAAGUACUAGCCGCACUGUUGACUCAUCAUCAUCUUGGCCGUCGAUAGGUCAAGAAUACCACGCUUAAAGGAUUCAGAAGAUGGAUAUGGACAGAUGAUACGGCCAGAGGAUAAAAUCUUGAGAAUGGAUUUAAGGGUGCUGAAACCGAUUCGAAACUUUUUAUGGAAGUCAUGGAUUUGGCGAUCCAGUGUGGUGCUGUUAUGUGUUUUGACUCUGUUGGAUAUGGCGAUGGCUGAGGGACAGAAACUGGACGUCCGGUCAUCGGGUAAAUGGUGCUCCCAUCAGACGACGCGACUAGUUUCGUGUCUCGAGAGAAAUGGCACACAACCCUAUAUAAAGAGAGUAGUCUCUAGGUGUAACUACUGGCCUUAUAGAUACAACUGCGGCCGUUUACAGGUAUUUCAUCGACCAACAUACCGAACAGUAUUCAAAGUAGCCACAAAUACAAAAUGGAAGUGCUGUCCAGGAUACACUGGUGUUAACUGUGAUAUAGAGUGUUUUAACUGCACAACAUUUAGAGCUUUAGCAACAAAAAUCGAUUAUAUUCAGUCAAAGAUUCACCAGGUGAAUUACGCUGCCGCUGCUGCCCAGCGACCGUGCGAGUGUCCUGUUGGACCGCCGGGUCCGCCCGGCCCCCCUGGUCUUCAAGGACCUGCAGGCACUAGAGGACUACCUGGGGUCCCUGGUAAGCCAGGGAAGAAUGGAUUACCUGGUACCACUGUCACAGAAAUAGAAUAUAGACGAGACGAGCCGGUUGAUAAGUUAGCUUUGGAAGUAUCCAAAGAAGUGAAAGGUCCACCAGGGCCCCCUGGACCUCCAGGAGCUCCUGGGAUUCCAGGGAGAAAUGGACCUGUUGGGCCGAUGGGACCAAUGGGCCCACUUGGCAAAUCUGGAGGCACUGGACCUCCUGGGCCUAUUGGCAAAACUGGCCCAGCAGGACCGAUGGGUCUAAUGGGUGAGCUUGGUGAGUUAGGUCCUCCUGGCCCCGAGGGACCGCAAGGUCCACAUGGCGAGCCUGGAAUGCCUGGAAAGCCGGGAGUUAAUGGAACGGAAGGAGUACGUGGACAGAGGGGCCAUCGCGGUCGUGCAGGACAGAAAGGGGAGCCUGGGUUAAAAGGCCAAUCUGGUUCACGUGGUUGGCGUGGUAAGAAAGGCCCGAUAGGGGAAAAGGGAGAUAGGGGGUAUAGUGGACUGCAGGGGCCGAUGGGUAUUCCAGGAAAGGAUGGAUACCAAGGAGAACCUGGUCCAAUGGGAAAGUCUGGUCUCCCGGGUCGCCCUGGCCGGGAUGGUUUGCAGGGACAGAGGGGACCUCAGGGACCACCGGGCCUACGUGGCUUUCCAGGGACACUCAUUGCUGUGCAGCAUGUUGGUGAAACAGGUGAUGGUGAGGGCGCGAGUGCGGCCGCCCAAGCAAGACACAUUCAGAUGCUCCAAGAUAUGAUAGAAGAUCUCACAACAGAAUUCAGCAAGUUCAGGAAGGUGACAACCCAUCAGAUAACGAAGUUAGAAAAGAGAGCAAACAUGAUGCAGAAUAGUAUUACCUCUGCCGCUGCAUUCCGCCCAGAAAGUGAAAGCAUUGGAUUCGGGGCGGCCCAAGAUGGACCAACUGAAGUUCCCACAAAAAUUGUUUUCAUUCACAAGGAGGAACUUAUGGGGAAGAGACUGAAGGGUGAAACGAGCAAUGAAUACUCAGCAGAUAAAAUAACACCAGUCAAGCCUCCCUGAUGUGUGCAGAACAUCGGGGCUCAAUAUGGGAUCUGAUUUGUAUAUUUCAUGUGUCGAAUUGUGAAUAAAGUGUUCAUACAUGUACUUUUAAUCAUUGACUGCAGACAUUUUAAAGGGACAAGUGGAGCGUGAUGACUCCUGUAUUCAAGGAUGCUUUAAGAUCAGACAAUCCAAACUAUUGGUGUACUCAGAAAGCAUUUCAAAUGGGACUGAAAGCCAUCCUUUGCCAGAUGAGAAUGGAAUCCAUCCAUUCAUUUUGAAAGAAUACCAUAAUAUGGGAUUUGGCAGAAACUGAAGAUAAAAUUUGCAGUUAUUGUGAAAUACUCAGGACUUCAAAAGAGAAAUUAGAAUAUGACAAACCAAGAUGGUGCUCAGUAUCUUUAGAAAUAGUAAAUAGUCUAUAUUGCCGGAACUGUACUAGAAAUAUGGAAUAGGCCAACAGAUAAUUGCUUUUCCAGUUACUAAAAGGGGAUAUCAUUAUAACUGCAUGGGAGAGACUGCAGUCUUUUGGAUUCGAUUUCUUCAUCAUUUUAGAUCAAAGGACAGGGUACUUUUGUAAUCUUUUUCAGCUUUCAAUACUUUUUAAAAAUAAUUUUGACAAUUUCAGGACUAAAUUCUGGCAUGAAGCAUACUACGACUACAUGGUAGAAGGGACUUACUGUAAAUAUUAAAGUCCCAACAACAUUUCAUUGUGGUGUCAGAGACCAUGCCAAGGUGAUCUUAUGUAGAUACAUUACCAUUGUAGUUUAGAUAGUACUGCAUUUGUAAUAUUUCAACAAAAAAUAAAGAAUAUUAUUUA